UACACCAGACACACCGACAUCCGCACACGUGCAGAGGACAUCACGAAAGGGAGGAUUGACCCGCCGCCUGCCAAGCCCCACGUCGAACCCGGCAAGUGUAACAUGAUGCAUAUGACGCGCACGAAGCUUCGCCAUGGCGCGGCGUCUCUGCUAGCCAUGUGGUGCGCCAUCAACCAGUUCCGCGAAGGGCACUCUAACAGUGCCGUCAGUUGUCCCUCGGAGACGGUCUUGUGUCUUGCGGAUGACGACUGCAGCUCCUGCCUGACCGCCCUGAUGGAGACGAGCGACACCAUUAACCCAGUUUUCACAGACUGCAACGUCCUGUUCGAUUCCGUUUGCACAUUUGCUGUGGACAACGGCUGCGACGUGACCAACCCCCUCCUCGAGGAUUACGCGGCAUGCGUUGCGGAUGAAGAUUUUGGUUGCCCGGGCUUUGUUUCGUGCGCCGGUGCCAACAGUACCGCGGGCACGGCUCCCCCCACCCCUGCUGUUGCAAUGUCCGCACCUACUGCUGUAACCUCCGCGCCGACUGCUGGUACCACCGAAGACGUCAGUGUGACAUCCCCGCCGGCUGGGUCGGACGCUGCUGGCGAAGCGGGAACUGCCUCUAGCGGGGUUGGUCACACUGUUGCUGAAUCAGUGCAAACCACCCUAGCCGUGGUGUGUGGACUUGCAAUCCUCUUGUCUGCGUAAGUGGACUGCUUGUUCUUGCGUCUGGAGAUGUCGCGUGUUGCAGCACAGGGGGUUUUAUUCGCUUUGCGGGGUGUUUGUUCGCCUUGAGCGAUCUACGCCGUCCGUGCGGUCACCGCAACCGCUGUGCAAGUUAUCCCGAACUUGAAAUUUCUCACGGGACUCGCGCCGCAUUGACAACAUUUGGUGUUUGUAGAAGGGGUUUCGGGAAGCUGUGUUUGCUCUGGAAUUUUGGGUCCGUAUGGGACGGGUGGUAGUCGUAGCUGAGUUGGGGGUGUGAAGGGCUUGUUUUGGACAGUUUUUGAGCAACAGGUUACUGAGUUGUUGGUGUGAAGGAGUUGUUGUUUGGACAAUUUUGGGUAGAGUCGGACCUGUUUCAUGGAAGGGCGGCAUUAUUCAACGCUGCAGGGAAUUGUAGAAGGCGAGGUGAGAGCGAAGCCGUUGCUGGUUUCACUGUUGUUAGGUAACAGGACUUUUUGUAAGCAGGUUUAGGUCGGAAGGAACCCCAAGUAAAGGAAUGCACUGGGCAUCCGGGCGCGUGCGGCGGUAGGUGACGUUUGGUUUCGUUGGAAGGGUAUUUUGUAUUUUGUGCCAUGUAGGAUGGGAUUUUGGGCGCAUCCGAGUAGUAGUCUGGUCUCUUGAAACGGUUCUCCUGCAACGGGCCUAUUUCAUGCGGUGCCUUUUUCGUGCUCCUGAUUUUUUCAGAUUUCCUUCUCGAUAGAAUCGUGUUCAAUAGGAAGGGAUACCCUGCAUUGAUUUUUUGUGUGAGCUCAAGUUUGUUGUCUGUUCGUGUCAUAUAUGAUACCCAUGCUGUAAUUUCAGUGAUCCGAUACUUGUAACCGAAUGGGCGGUAAGGAACCCGUGUUUUCGCGGUACCUUCGCUGCUAACCCCGAGUUUAUUCUGCGUCAUGAUUCGGCUUUUGAUUCUGUGCGGCAGUUGGCUACUAAUGCUACAAAGCUUGCAACCCACGGACUUUUGCUUUGUUUCUUUGCAGCGGCAGGACGGGGGGGGUGUACUGAUAGUCGUGCAUGCCGU